UUCAUUCCCGCUUUACUUUCCAUUUUGAUUCAUCCUUCCCUCGUCGCCUUUAUUGCAGUUGCUUGCAGGGCUUCAAGGGAAAAAAAAUGGGGAAAAUUAGCGAAUACGAACGCAAGCGGCAAGAAAACAUUGAACGCAAUGAGCAGAUGCUGGCAGCUCUGCGCGUGCUUUUUGCAGCUCAGGACCUCCGCUCCGCUUCAAAAAAGCCAAAUGGUGAUAACAGUGUGGGAUUAUGGAGCGGACUUGAUUCAGAGAAUGUUGCUGUCACAUAUUGCUACAAUCCUCUACUCAAUUUCAGAGUAACAUGGGGAUGGGAUGAUCAGUACCUUUUUUUUGGUAAUAAAGAUAAGGGUCUCAAUGCAUAUUGUACGGUAACAAAGGCAACAACUACUUUAGACAGUCCAUUUACGAAUGUGGUUUCUACUAGAUUGGCAAAGCAUCCUUUCUGCUGUGGCAUGCUGGCUGCUGGUGGAGGUCUUGGUAAGGUGCAUAUAUGGCAAAACUCAAAGGAGCUUCUUCACAAUGAUAAUGGGAGGUGAAGCUAUACAACUGAGUCUUGCAAUAGGAUUUGAACCGAAUCACAAGUAUAUUAGUGGUUCCUUUUUGCUUUCGAGCCAUUUACCUUUAAUGUGUGACACAGGAAAAUUCAUGUCAGUGUAAUCUACAAUUUUUCAUGGUAUGAAUGAACAUCCUUAUGAGUAUAUAGGGAAGUUUUUUUGUGGCCAAGGGAUUCCUAGCUGUUAUCCCUAACCUUUUGACCAAAAAGAUUGCCAGUUACACACUUUGGAAUUGGAUUUGAUUUUUAAUCUUCUACACAAGGAAGUGUGUAUGCUUAUUGCACUCACUAACAAGAG